UGGUCACGUGCUGGUUUCAACUUCCUGUUUACCACCUGUUCCUUGAGACAGUUCACGGAUUGCAACACUCCCAACAGUCGUGUGCUUUUUGAUCAAGACUAAUAAAUACGCUUUUGAAUCGCUGCUGCUACGGAUUUAAUCGUUUUGGAACGGUUAAUAUUUUUUUUGUCAUUACUGGGGAAGAGGAGAGGAAAUGAAUAAAUGACAGAGGAAACGUGACUAGGCCAGGAGUCCUCGCGAUUUCCUGAGUCAGGCGCCCGGAGUAUUCAUCUGUCAACAAACGGCUCAAUACAAAACAUACGAGUGAUGAGGGCAAGGACUAAAAACCAGUCAGCAUUCAUUUUUAUAGACAAAACGUUUAGUAAUGUGUUGGAUUUAACUUUAAGUGUGGAUACUUCCUAACAUUAUUUAACUUACGUUAGCUACUUUAGCUAGCCAACCAAAUCCACCACCACUAGCUUAGCCACGUAAACAAAUUACUAUACAUUCUGCUUGCCUGGCAAGUUUUACUAGGAAGGGUUAGCUAGCCUGCUGGCUGGUUAAUACAUCCUUGUUUCUAGAGGGUACCAGCACAGCGGUGCCCUGAAUUCGGGGAGAAUACCCGGCUCCGGCCCUUUCAAGCGGGCAGUCAGGAAGAAACUGUCUGGGAAGGGAUGGCCUGGUGGGUCUUCCCGUUCCCAAGGUGCUGCGGUGUUUGAGUGCGGAAGAGUUCGGAUAGAACCCACGGUGGGUCUCGGCACGAUGAUGGCUGCAUUCCCUUCCGUGUCUGGGAGUCUCACGGCCUCCGGGCUAAUGAUAUCAGGAAGAAAGACUGAGGAAAUAGCGGAUUUGAUAGAUUUGUUUUCGAAGACACAGUACAGAGCGAAAGAAGUCACGCCACGGGUUGAGACGAUAGAGAAGCGUUGCUUGGAGCUCUUUGGCCGAGACUACAAGUACAGCGUCAUCCACAACGCCAACGGGGAGGUGUGUGGCCACUACCCCCGACAGAUGGUCUUCCUGGAGUAUGAAUGUACAGAGCUCCAUAAAGACGGGUUUGAGAGCACAGUCCAGAUCACCAAGCUGCAGGAUCUGGUGAACCGCAGUAAGAUGGCCCGCUGCAGAGGGAGGUUUGUCUGCCCUGUCAUCCUCUACAAUGGCAAACAUAUCUGUCGAUCAUCCACUCUGGCAGGCUGGGGGGAGCUAUAUGGGCGCACAGGCUACAACUACAUCUUCUCAGGGGGGAUUGAUGACACAUGGGGGGGGGGGGCUGAGCCAGAGGUUCCAGAGGAUGACAGUGCCAGCAACGGGGACUCUCAGCUCUUUGACAAGGUGCGGGGUCUGGACAUCAAGCUGCUGCGCUACCUCUCUGUGCGCUACAUCUGUGACCUCAUGGUGGAGAACAAGAAGGUCAAGUUUGGCCUAAAUGUCACCUCGUCUGAGAAGGUGGAUAAGGCCCAACGCUAUGCAGACUUCACCCUGCUCUCUGUGCCUUACCCAGGGUGUGAGUUCUUUAAGGACUACAAAGAUAGAGACUACACCGCUGAGGGACUAGUAUUCAACUGGAAUCAGGAUUUUGUGGAUGCUCCGUUGACAAUCCCUGUGUGCUUUACCAAGAACUUGAAUAUAGACUGGAGUAAAUAUCAGUCUUGGGACCUGGUCCAGCAGACCCAGAACUACCUGAAGCUGUUGCUUCACAUCAUCAACAGCGACGAUGAGAGCGGUCUCCUCGUGCACUGCAUAUCCGGUUGGGACCGGACACCUCUCUUCGUGUCCCUCCUGCGUCUCUCGCUGUGGGCAUCAUAUGCUACCUGAUCGCCUCAGCAAAGGAGAGGAGAUUUUCUUUUUUUGCUUCAAUUUUUUGAAGCACAUUGUCUCAGAGAAGUUCUCUGCCAUGAAGAAACCGAGUUUCCACAGAAGGAAAAACUCUCAUUUCAAAGACACUGAUUUCACAGUGGACGACCUCUGCCAGUUGAAGUCCAGGGACCGGGGCAGCGUGACCAGUCUGAGCAGUGACUUCUCUCUGAUCACAGAGGACGUGGGCGGAGCCACUUGCCUCACCAACGACGCCGUGGACCUGUUUUCCGGCCAGCCCCUGGCAGCCUCCAGCUGGAGGAAGGGACGCAACUCAUCCCCACAGACGGUGCUGUGGAACCGGCCCAACCCCCUGCAGGAGCGGCUGGCCCACCCCCUCAGUCAAGAAGCCAAGUCCUCCAGCUCGUCCACCUCCAACCAAUCAGAGCCGGGUUUUACGCACGCCGGCAGCAGUCCUAUGUCUGUGCCCGGGAGAAGGCUGGCGGCAGAGUACGCCCGCUCAGGCUCCUCCCUCUCCACGGACUACGGCAGCUGGCAGAUCGUGUCAGGCUGCGGCUCCAUCCACGACCGCGGACAGUUCCUGCCAAUCCCCACUGCCACCAACGACUUUCCCCUCCCCUUUAUCUUCCAGGACGAGGGGCCCAGCGGACGCAUUUGCCCGUCCCCUUCGGAGCGUCAGGCUCGUCUGGAGACGGUGAGGGAGUUGUUCCUGGCUGCCUACAGCUCCACCGUGGGCCUCAAGUCUAGUGCGCCCAGCCCCUCCGGUGCCAUCUCAGGCCUCCUGGAGCAGUUUGCCCGUGGCGUGGGCCUCCGGGGCACCAACAGCAUCGUCUGAUCUAGGGUCAGGUCUCCCCACCCCAAAUGUGAACUCUGGGCCCGUAAUCAUUGUAUUCAUAAAGUUCUCAGAGUAGGAAUGCUGAUAUAGGAUCAGUUUUUCCUGUUAGAUCAUAUGGACAGGAAGUCCUGAUUCUAGAUCAGCACUCCUACUGUGAGGCUCUUUGUGACUAUGGGCCCUGACCCCCGCCCCUCCUCCCUCCCACUAAAUCCCGUCCUAUUGAAUUGCGGUCCACAAUCCGCAUUCAUCUCCAUCGAGGGAAGAAACAUAUCGUAUGGACUCUAAUAAAAAUAAAAAGUGCCAAACUUCUCUA